AUGAUCAGACGAGCUCCAACAAUCAUUGUCCUGGACCAAAAUGAUGUUGAUUCUCAUCUUGAGCGGAUCUAUCUCCGUGAUAGCUUGACCACCAGCUUCGAACAGUUACGUCUAAAUGAGAAUGAGGGCUUCGAUCUACUAGCCCAUCUCCCCAUGAGCUCGGGUGUUUCGUCAGACCCAUCAGAGGAUAUCGAGGAAUCAGGCCUGGGCCAGGGAGGAUGCUCCCGUUACGAAGAUGCAUCUUCAUCUAAAUAUAAAAGCUGUGCUUCCAUCGAUGGAAAUCCACCUACUUCCGUGAUCAAGUCAUGCCUCAGAUCCCCCGAUAUGCGCCAGCAACAGUCCUCGUCCUCGCAAAACGCAGUUUCCUCCGAGGUAUACCCAUGUCGACCAGAUCGGUUUGUUGACCCAGCACGACUAAAGGUGAAAUUCGCCUUAUCAUCGCAAGCGUUCCAACAUAAAGGGUCUUCUCACUCACCCGAAGGAGAAACAGAUCCUCGUGGAAACAACGACCAGGCUGGCCACAUUGACGCUAUCGGGCCACCACCCGUGGCCAUUGACUCUUCAUCUUCCACGCCACAGAUCUCAUUCUUGUCAUGUGCUGUGUCGUCGAGUCCGUCUACCGCAAAACUGCCACUCCCACUCCCACACCGGGACCUAACCUUAGCGCCGGCAACUGACGAGGCAAUGGUGGCCGAGCGGACGGUCUCACCAGCUAGCAUCGGCGGGGACCGCGGAUCUCACGCUAAACUCGUCACGGAGCUGGAUUGA